UCUGUGGCUGGCGCGUCCUGUGACUCUGUGUUCUGACUAUAAGUGAAAAAUAUCUAGUGAUACAGUGCUUUAAGACCAGUGUUUGGUUUCCUCUAUAAUUAUAAUACUUCCAGCUGAGGAUUAUCAUGAAAUUGAUCUUCAUAGUUAUAUUAUUGAGGUUCAGUGAUGGGUCAACAUGAGCGGGUCGUCCUCCCAGCAAGCUGCUCCGCAGGUCCCCAUUACCACGCUAGCGGGCAUCGCGAGCCUUACUGACUUGCUCGAGCACCUGCCUAUCCCCGGCUGUUGCCCUGAGAGUGAGCCGCCACAUGCAGCAACUAACUCGUCGAGCAGUCCGUCUCUGUUGUUCCAUCCUCGCGUCGCUGAGGAGGCGUCCCGUCAUCUCAAUCUCACUGAGCCUCACCUCGUACACACGCUCCUAGGCGCUCUACAGCAGGUUCAUACUGCUGACAUAGAAUUGGUGGGCGAGGACGAGGAGAAGGCCAGCGUAAGCCUGAAGACUGCACCGCCUUUGCUGCGCUCGCUGCUCACUGCCAACCCUCAGCUCUUUCUCAGCCAUCCUGUCGCCAUAGCAGCUCCUGCAGGCGAUGGUGCGCUCGUGAGCCAGCCCCCGGCACCCCCCCAGCUCCCCAGCAACGCCUCCCACCCGUCCCCAGUACCGGCAGACACGGCCAACAAGGCAUCGCCUGUUACGCCUUCAAACCAGCACGGGUGUGGCAAUAUUGGCCAGUCUCCUUCCACCUCUGGCCUCACACCGCAACAGCUUCAGCAGUCGCCCUCCAAGACCUCAGACCCCAUCCUGCAGACCCCAACUGCCAGCCCCAUCUUACAGCAGCAGCAGCAACAUCUGCAACAACAGCAACACUUACACUUGCAGCAACAACUGCAGCUGCAGCAACAACAGCAAUACAAUUCACCUCAACAACUCUAUAACUCUCCUCAGCAACAACAGUUUCAACAGCAACAGCAUCAGCCUGCUGUUUACCCUCACCAGGAUCAGUUUCAACAGCAGCCUCAACCUGUUUAUCAACAGUUCCAACAGCCAUACCAGCAGCAGGAACAGGUUUUCCAGCAAUCUCCCGCGUAUCCGCCGCAACAACAGCAAGUUUAUCAGCCUGAUCCCAGUCAGCAAAUCGCUUUUCAUCAACAGCAGCAGCAGCAGCAACAGCAGCAGCUACUCUUGGUACAGCAACAUCAGGACCAACAGUUCGCCUACCAACAGCCUCAACAGGUGACCGCAGAUCCAUAUCAACAGCAACAGCACUUUCAGUUGUUGCAGCAACAGCAGCCGUUUGUUCAGUUGCCGUUCCCGCAACAACAGCAGCAACAACAGCUCUGCCCCGCCAUUAACCCUGUGCAGUGCGAACCCUCCAACAAUGAAAGUAUGAAAGAACCUGUGGUGCUGCUGAGCAAGCUCACCUCGGAGGAUUUGCAGAGCGUGGGCCAGAGCUACAACAGCGAGUACAACAACCACAACCAUGCCCAACCCGAGGCUUCAAAUAAUUCCAGCGGAGGUCGCAGCAGCCGAAGAGCGCGGCAGCAGAACCAGCGGCAGGUCGUGGACGCGAGCUCCUCAAACGACAGCGACGCGGAGUCCAGCGCCAAGCCUCGCACUAAAUACUUCAAGAGUCGUGACAAGGAGAGGCAGGAGAAGCGUAAAAAAGAUAAAGAAGAGCGCAAGCGGCGCAGAAUACAGAGCGACGACGAAGACGACGAGCGGCCUGCAGAUGAAACGAAGCGAAGGAAGCGCAGCACUAAGGAGGACGAUGCUGACUAUGACAUGAACGAGCAAGAUCUCGAUGAGCCUGACGAUGAUGAUGAUGAAGACUACGAGGCAGAUGAGAAGGAGAGCAAACCUCGAAAGAGUGGUGGCGGCAGCCGUGGAGGCGGUGGCAUGUCGACCGCAGCCGUGGUACGCAAAGCAGAGUAUAACAAGAAGCGCAUCGAGCGCAAAAUUGUCGGCCCCACGCCCACAGAGAAACUCUCCCCUGACGAGCUCAUGGAGAGCGGCGUGUAUCAACGCUUCAAUCGCGCUAUUGAAAAGAUCUUUGAUAAUGCCGAGGAGGUUGACGUUACUGCUGAAAUAGAAGCGGACGACGACGUUCCUCAGGAGUUCCUGAUCUCGAAGUAUGAGCUACAGACGCUGUGUACAGAAGCUGCUAAGCUUAAGAGCGCCGGGGCCAUGUCUGUGGUGCCUACCGAGCGCCUAGUCAGGCUCAUGCACAUACUCGAGAAGAAUAUCAGGGACGGUACCAAAGUCACUCCUCUUGUCGAUGAGGAUGACGAAGAGGAAGACAGGCUGUGGCAGGAGCUUGUGAUGGAGCGCAUCAUGCGUGGCGUGGAUGCGUCUCUCACGGCGCUCUACAUACUCACCUCGAGCAACAUGAGCAAGAGAGUCUACCUUGAGGACCUCAUCGAGCGAUGUGUACAGUUCGCCAAGUUCCAGCUCAACAAUACAAUAUAUCCUGCAUUUGAUCCCGUCUAUAGGGUAUCAGAUAAGAAAGACGGUUACGUCGGGAACGUGAAGAAGCGGCGGUCUCAAGUCCGUGAUGUCCGUGACCGAAAUAUCCUGAGUUUGUAUAACAAACUUCACCAAAUAGUGGGGCUGCUGGCAGACUUGUUGUCUCUACAGACCCUCACCGACACUGCGGUGCUGCAGUUGAGCACAAUGGGAGUUGCUCCUUUCUUCGUUGAAAAUGUGUCUGAGCUGCAGCUUAGUGCUCUCAGACUUGUCACUAAGGUGUUCGCCGAGUACGAGAAGCAUCGUCGCUUAUUACUGGAUGACAUUUUAGCAUCCAUAGCUCGGCUUCCAAGCAGCAAGCGCAGUUUGCGAACCUACCGUCUCAAUUCCGAUGAGAAUAUCCAAAUGUUGACUGCGUUGGUGCUACAGCUCAUUCAGUGCGUCGUUGAUCUUCCCGAUCACUUAUCCACUGAUGCUGCCAGGAAAAAGAAGCCUGCAAUUGAGGAGGCGUCCUCUCCUGACAAGCAGCGUAAGGAGAACGAGACUGGCUCUCGUGCCAUGGACAGAGAUGUUCUCAUUUCAACGAGAUACGAGACCGCUAUGUCCACUGCAUAUUCCUUCCUCUCAGUUUUCCUCUCUAAAACAGGCAGCAAAACUGAGGAAAUUGACUACCGUCCCCUCUUUGAAAACUUUGUCCAAGAUCUUCUACUUACUGUUAAUAAGCCUGAAUGGCCGGCCGCGGAGCUACUUCUCAGCUUGCUUGGCAAGCUCCUCGUACAAAAGUUCAGCAAUCAAAAGACCGACAAUACGCUUAGAGUUGCUUCCCUAGACUGUCUAGGCGUCGUUGCUGCUAGGCUUAGAAGAGACGCGGUGACGUCGCAGCUGAAGGUGAGCACCAUCGACCAGAUCAUGUGCCGCGUGCAGCAGGAGGAAGAUAGGGACGCCCCGCUGCUCGAAGACGGCACGGCGCCCCCACCUGAGAAGCCUCUUGAGAACGGCCUUAGGGACGACCAUCAACACAAGAAGAAUAAGAAGAAGAAGGGCAGCAGUAGCAGUAAUCCAGAAGGUGCUCCGAGUGUCAGUAGUGGCAGCGGCAUUACGGGCAUAUCAGACGAAGAAGAGAAGCGAUGUCAGUUCCUGCAGCGCGUGCUGCUUGACUGGCUGGCCGUGAAUGCGGAAGGCGAUGCUGCUUUAUUGCAUGCAAGACACUUCUAUAUUGGACAGUGGUAUCGCGAUGCUUUUUCUGAAAUAUUGAGGCAAAAAACAGGCGUGCUCUCGCCCACCAAACACCGCCCUAAACCGCAGCAUCGCAAACGCAAGAAGAGAAAAGGGGAAAGUAGCAGUGAAGAGAGCGCAGUAGAGACCGAUGAAGAGGAAGACAGGCGUGAAGAUCUUGUGUCUGAGGAGCUGAAGAAUCAAGUUAAGGAGCUUGCCGAGAGCCGAAAAAAAUUCCUUCUCACGAAGGUGGCAGCAUUCCCGCCCGCCUCCCCUGGGGCGGUGACACAGACGCUGCAGACGCACAUCGGCUACGACGACGCUGAGCUCAUCACUCGCUACCUCGCCUCCAAGCGAUCCUUCUCGCAGAGCUUCGAUGCCUACCUCAAACAGAUUCUUCGCGUGCUAACGGAGCCAGCAAUUUUGGUGCGCACCAAAGCGAUGAAAUGCUUGACUAUGGUCGUUGAGGCAGACCCUGCAGUGCUCGCCAGACCCGACAUGCAGAUGGGCGUCCAUCAUUCUUUUUUAGAUCACUCGACGUCCGUGCGUGAAGCUGCUGUUGACCUCGUCGGCAAAUUCGUUCUUUCAAGACCUGAACUACUCAAUAAUUACUACGAUAUGAUCGCCGCCAGAAUAUUGGACACGGGAGUCAGUGUCCGGAAACGGGUCAUCAAGAUCAUGAAGGACGUGUGUCUCGAGUGCCCCGACUUUCCUAAAAUUCCUGAGAUUUGUGUCAAGAUGAUCAGGAGAGUAAACGACGAGGAGGGCAUCAAGAAACUAGUCCAGGAGGUCUUCCAGAACAUGUGGUUCACGCCGGUGCGGGAGCGACCCACUCUGGACGAGGUCGCCUUAAAACGUAAAGUAAACAACAUCACCGAAGUGGUCAUCACCUGCCAGGAUUCUGGUCUUGAUUGGUUUUAUCAGCUCCUUCAAAGUAUGUUCCGUCCCAAAGAAGACAAAGAUGACGUGACUAAGGUUCACACUGAACCUCCUAAAGCCCUCGUCACUUCUUGCAAACAGAUCGUUGAUUGCCUCGUCAGACAUAUACUCAUGUUAGAGGAGAACAAUCCGGCCCAAGUUAACCAAACCGUAGUGACGCUUGAGGAGAACAGCACGGGUGGCACUACGGAGGUGGCAAGCAAAACAGGAUCUGCAUCUCAGAAACUUGUGGCAUGUUUGAAGACGCUGCACCUCCUCGCUAAAAUCAGACCUCAGCUUCUUGUAGACCACGCAAUCACAUUGCAGCCUUAUUUAUCACUUAAAUGUCAGACGCAAGGAGACUAUGCGCUCAUCGGAGUAGUGGCCCGAACGCUGGAAUUGGUGGUUCCGUUGAUGGAGCAUCCAAGUGAAAGUUUUUUGGCGCAAUUAGAAGAAGACUCGGUGAAGCUUAUUCUGCUCCACGACCGCACUGUCAUCACCUCCUGUCUUGCAUUGCUCGGCUCCAUCGUGAACACCGUCACUCAAAACUACAGGCUCAUCAAAGACUGUUUCAACAAGUACUAUUCUUUUAUCGUAGACUACAAAAAGCUACACAUGGAAAACAAACAAAGCCCCAAACUAGAGCAAUGCAAGCCUUUCUUUCGGCGCGCUCUUUACACAGUGGGCCUUCUUCUCCGACACUUUGAUUUCAACAACGAAACUGUCAGAUGUGGCUUACCCUUCUUCUCUAUACAGUUUCAAAUUGAAUUUUAUACGUGCUUAAUCCCACGAUCUCCUUCAGGGGCAAAAACAAAAACUCGCGAGAACCUGAAAGAGAUGCACGACGUCCAGUCCGGCAUGGCUUCAGCCAUCAUCCAGCUCUACCUGAAGCAGGUUCUGGAGUGCUCGGUGUCGAGCUCGCUCACCGUGCGCCACUCUUCCCUGCGCGUGACGCAGCUCGUGUUGUCGCAGGGGCUGGUGCAUCCCGUGCAGAUCGUGCCUUAUCUUGUCUGUAUGAGCACUGACUGCGAGGAAGUUAUUGCUCAUUCUGCUGAUAAACAGCUACAGGACAUCGAGAAGAAAUAUCCAGGAUUCGUGGGUAUGAAGGCUAUGCAAGGCUUCCGCCUGUCCUACCGCCUGCAGACUAUGAUCCAGCCUGGGGACAUCACCCGAGGCUUUCGACAAAAAGAAGGAGAAAUUCCCUCGGCGCUCAACAGCUUCCUGUACAGCACCAUGCGUGGCACCAAGCAGCAGAGGAGAGCGGUCGCAAUCUCCCUGCUCAGACAGUUCGACGAGAUGGCCCGCACGCCGUUGAAGGAGCUACUGUACAUCGCUGACAACCUUGCAUACUUCCCCUACCAAGUGUUGGAUGAGGCACUCUUCGUCAUCUACCACAUCGAUCUCAUGAUAUCAACCAUGGGAUCCAAUCUCCUGCAGGCCUUCAGAGAGGCUCUGUUACCCCCGCCGGACGCGGACGUCAAAUACAACCCAGAGACCGGACGGCCGGAAUACCUGGACGACGACGCUGACGACGACAGCGCCAGCCUCUUGACGCGCUGCCCCGUCGACAUGUCGCCUUUGCUGGACUCCAUGCAGGCCUCGCAGGGCUGUUUGCUGCUCCUUGUUCUUAAGGAAUAUCUCAAGGAAGUCUAUGGCAUCACUGAUGGAAAAAUUAGUCAGUACUCACCGUCGGAUUCGACAAAGCAGUAUGAAAAGGGAUGCAGCAAGAAAAGCACGGCCAAGUUUAAUCCUAAGCAAACAUUACUGCGCAUGAAAGAAGACGUUAAGUACGAGCCUAGAGAGAUGAACGACCAGGCCAAGCUUGCUGUCAUCGAGGAAUAUCUGGACUUCAAGGCGCUGAUGCUGAAGAUCGAUCCUGAGGACGAGGAAGACGAGGAUGGCGACGAAAUUCUGAAUCCUGACGGCACCGUCAACCGCCUGGCGACCCGCGCUAGUCAACAGCAAGAAGCCCGCGACACGGUCAUCCUGUUGCCGGGCACCCACGACGGCUGGCAGAUGCAGCCUGCCGACAAGAGUCGAGAGAUGAUCGCGCAAGGCUACGCAGAUGUGACGGGACAGAACGCUUCAAUUAUGUUGGAUCCUUCCCUGCCACCGCCCCCAUCUGCUCCUAACAACCGCACUCCCAUCAAGCCUCUAACUAUUAAAACGUCGCAACUCACGACGCCUCAUCACAAGAGUUCUCGUUCUCACCGGUCGCACCAUCGAAGCAGUUCCAGUUCACAUAAGAAGCACAAGAAGAAGAAGAAACGCAGAAAGUUUAUGGAUUCGGACGAAGAUGAUGGAGAUAGCGAUAGCGACGCAGAUUGGGCGUGAGCACAGCAAUCACAUUUCUACAUAACUUUUUUUCAUCUGUAGUAUUGCUCGCAUCUCUUCAUCAUGUUAGUAUUAUUCCUGUUGUUUAUAGUGUUGUUAAAUCUAUAGUCUCUGUAUGUUUCAGAAAAUAAAGGACACUGAUAUUUCUAGGUAUAAAUGACUUGAUUCCGAUCCAGAAAUUGUUUCUAUAGUUGAAUCGAUGAUGCGAAUGUUUUUAUGCUGAGGUCAUGAGGUAUUGAUGAGUGUGACGUUGGUACCAUUUUUGUUAGUUUGAAAUUUAUUUUUGUGACCUUGACUGCAAAUGCGCGUUCUGAUCUAUGAGACAAAUAAUUAAUGGUCCAAUGCCAACUUGCGUUGCAGCAGACGCUUAGGCUGUCAUUGUGUUAUUACAAUUAUUUUCGUCUCUGAAAGAGAAGUUAUUUUGCGUACAUGAGCUAUCUGGGCAACGACGCUUACGAGGAUUCUCAGUUCACCAUUCGUUACACGCAUCUCUUUUCCUUUGCUGUCUUGUAUCAUAGUUACCUGGUUCAUUAAAUUAUAAUAGGCAUUAACAAAGAAUAAGUGAUUAUUUAUUAUAAACUUAGUGUGAUUCUAAUGUAAAACAUCACCACUACUGAGUCGAAAUGCAUUCGGAGGCUCUUCGUUAUUUUUAAACUUCGAUUAUUGAACAGAAAGCUAUAAAUUUUAGUGUGCGAAUCUUAUUAUCAAGUUUAUUAAACUGUAUAAUUUAGUGUGUACGAAAAUUUGGAAAUGUUCUAUUCUCUUUUCUCCAAUCUACGAAGUUCAUAAGAUAUUUACAAAUGUUCUUUAUUUGCUUGUGCUCCGAAAUGAGUUAUUGUGGGUGUGGGAUGAACAGUAAUUUCAUGCAGACUUGUAAUUUAUUGUUUUUAUAUAAUGAAAUGACAUUCACCUCGUUAUUUUAAUACGUAGCAUUGGCGUCAAAAUUGUUUCUUUUCAGUGGUUUCGAGGUUUCUGAUUUAAAUGUAAUA